AUGGACGACAGGAGCAAAGCUAAGAGCAGAUCUGUAAAAAGGCAAGUACGUCUCCUCUUCUUAUUGUCUUUCGUCUGCCAGACUGUCUCGGAGCACCUUCGCUAUUCAGUUCCAGAGGAAAUGGGAAAGGGUUCCAUUGUGGGGAAUCUUGCCAAGGAUCUGAAACUGAGUGCUGCAGAAGUGGGAAAUCGCAACCUGCACAUCCUUUCUUUAGGCAACAAGCAGUAUUUCUCCAUCAAUGCUGAAAAUGGGAAUCUGUAUGUAAAAGACAGGAUUGACAGAGAGGAAAUCUGUGGGGAAACUGCACUCUGCCCCAUCAGUUUUGAAGUGGUGAGUGCAAACCCCAUGGACAUAUUUUACAUAACAGUAGAGAUCCAGGAUAUUAAUGACAAUGCACCACAUUUCUUAAAUGGUGAUAUCAAACUAGAGAUAAGUGAAUCCUCUUUACCAGGAGCCACAUUUCCAAUCGAACAAGCAAAAGAUCCUGAUAUUGGAACAAAUUCUCUCCAGGAUUAUCAUCUAAGUAUUAAUGAGAAUUUCAUACUUGAAUUUAGACUGGUGGAAAACAGAAAACAAUAUCCAAAAUUAGUGCUAAAGAAACAGUUAGAUCGCGAAAGUGAAAGAAGCAUUAAUUUAACACUUACUUCUGUUGAUGGUGGUAAUCCAACAAAAACUGGAACAGCCAAAAUAUGGAUCAGGGUCAUUGAUGCCAAUGAUAAUGCACCCAUCUUCAGUCAAGAACUUUAUUUGGUCAGCCUAAAAGAGAAUGCAUCAAAAGGAUCUACUGUAAUACAGGUGAAAGCCACAGACAAAGAUGAAGGUUCCUAUGGUCAGAUCAACUAUUUCUAUAGAAAUAUUGCUAAUAAUGCUCAUAGGAAAUUUGAUUUGGAUUCUGAACAGGGAUUUAUAUCAAUUCAUGAAGAGCUAGAUUUUGAGGAAACAGAGAAGUAUACCAUAGCAGUGGAAGCAAGGGAUGGAGGUGGGUUAGUAGCACACUGUAAUGUUGAAAUAAAGCUAUUAGACGUAAAUGACAAUGCCCCAGAAUUGAUUCUCGCCUCCUCAUCCAGGGAAAUUCCGGAAAACUCUCCAUUAGGAACACUGGUAGCCCUCAUCAAUAUAAAGGAUAAAGAUUCAGGGGAUAAUGGGGAGGUCAAUUGCCAUUUACAAAAUGCCUCCCCAUUCAAAAUAGUAUCAGCAACUAAUGGCUACUAUAAGCUGCUGACAGAUGGUCCCCUAGACAGAGAAAGCACCCCAGCAUACAAUCUUACAAUCACAGCCACAGACAAAGGUACACCCCCUCUUUCUACACAGAAAACCAUCUCACUGGAGAUUUCGGAUAUCAAUGAUAAUGCCCCUACCUUUGAGAAAUCCUCAUACACCGUCUAUGUGGCAGAGAACAAUCCUGCUAGCUCCUCCAUCUUCAGCAUCAAAGCUGUAGACCCCGAUCUUGGUCGCAAUGCUAGGAUCACCUAUUCCAUCCUCACAAGCAAAAUAGAGGCGCUACCUCUCCCGUCUUACCUCUCCAUUAACUCAGAAAGUGGCACCCUCUAUUCUCAAAGGUCCUUUGACUAUGAGCAACUCAGGGAGUUUGAGGUACAGGUGAAGGCUGAAGAUGGAGGCUCCCCACCUCUCAGCAGCAAUGCCACAUUGAAGGUGUUCAUCCAGGACCAAAAUGAUCAAAGCCCUCAAAUUCUGUAUCCUUCUCCAGGAGCAGAAGGUUCAGCCUCCUUUGAGAUGGUGCCUCGCUCGGCAGAGAUGGGGUACCUGGUUACAAAGGUGGUGGCUGUGGACACCGACUCUGGCCACAAUGCCUGGCUCUCUUAUCAUCUACUGCAAGCCACUGAGCCGGGGCUCCUCACAAUUGGUGCCCACACUGGUGAAAUCAGGACAUUGCGGACACUUCUGGAAAGAGAUGCUCUGAAGCAGAAACUAGUGGUCUUAGUGAAGGAUAACGGGCAGCCCUCACUCUCUGCUACAGUCAGUCUCAAUCUGAUUUUUGCUGAAAACUUCCAAGAGGCACUGCCAGAAAUAAAUCACCAAACCACGGAUUCAGAGCAACAGUCUGAGCUCCAGUUCUACCUAGUGCUGGCCUUAACUUUGAUCUCCUUUCUGUUCCUCUUGACUGUAACUCUGGUCAUUAUGAUGAAACUCCGACAGUCAGGGAAUCUGAAAUUUCUUCCAUGCUUUGCUCCCAUUCCCCAUUCAAGCAAUGCCAUUAUAUUCCCACCGAAUUAUGAGGAAGGGACUAUUCCUUAUUCCUAUCAGCUCUGCUUAUCCUCUGAGUCCAAGAUACAUGAAAUUACUUUUCCAACUCCCAAAGUUCAAGCUGCUGAAUAUAUUUCAUGCAACCAAAAGUAUGAUGUGCUUUUGGCAAGCAAUGGAGGCAAUAUCCCAAAUUCUGAGAUGGAUAAAACUGAUUUGGAAGCACAACCUAUCAGCACCAAAAAAUGUGAAGUCCAAGAGCAGAUUCAUUAUACAAUAUCUGAGGAAAUGACAAAAGGUUCUAUUGUGGGGAAUCUUGCUAAGGAUCUGGGGCUGAGUAACAAAGAACUGGCAAAACGCAAUGUGCAUGCAGCCUUGGUGGAAGAUAUGAAAUAUUUUGGAAUCAAUACAGAAAAUGGAAAUUUCUAUAUAAACGAAAAUAUUAAUGAUAAUGCCUCACAGUUCCUUAAUGGCACUAUCAACUUGGAAACAAGUGAAGUUACUUUGCCAGGCGCCAAAUUUCUUCUUGGAAGAGCUGAAGAUGCUGAUAUUGGAAUAAAUUCUUUACAGAAUUACCAGCUCAGUUCCAAUCCAUAUUUCAUUUUGGAAGUAGAAGAGAGUCAAGAUAGAAAUAAAUUUGCAGAUUUAGUUCUACAGAAACCUUUAGAUUGUGAAAGUCAAGAUUCUAUAUUUUUGAUUCUUACAGCAAUAGAUGGAGAAAAUGCUCCUAUUGGAACUACUGUGCUCAAGACUUCUGUUUCUGAUGAUGAUGAAGGCAUAAAUGCUCGAAUCAGGUAUCGUUUCAGCAACUUACCAACAAAUGCCCAAGAAAAAUUUAGUAUGGAUCCAAUCAAAGGGAUGAUUACUCUCAUUAAAACAUUAGAUUUUGAAGAAGCCAAAGAAUAUAUUAUAACAGUGACAGCAAAAGAUGGUGGAGGAUUAGUAACACAUUGUCAACUACAAAUACAAAUUGUAGUUUCCUACAGCAUCUAUGUGCCAGAGAACAAUUCUUCACCAGAAGAAUUAUGCACCAGAACUCACAGAUCACAUAUUCAAUCCUCACCAGCAACACUGAAGAACUUCCCAUCUCCUCCUAUUCAUUCUGAGACUGGCAUCAUCUUUGACUAUGAGCAGUUCAGGGAAUUCCAGCUGCAGGUGAGGGCCCAAGAUGGCGGGAGUCCCCCUCUCAGCAGCAACGUCACAGUCAGGGUGUUUAUCCUGGAUCGGAAUGACAACAGCCCCCAGAUCCUAUCCCCUUCACCAGACUCCAAGGACUCUGCCCUCUUUGAGAUGGUCCCUCGUUCAGCCGAGGCAGAUUAUCUGGUAACAAAGGUGGUGGCUGUGGAUGCUGAUUCUGGACACAACGCCUGGCUCUCCUACCAGCUGAUUCAAGCUAUAGAACCAGCCCUCUUCACUGUUGGCUCCCAUACGGGUGAGAUCAGGACAGCAAGAACUUUUAUGGAGAGAGAUGCUGUGAAACAGAGACUGGUCCUUUUGGUGAAGGAUAAUGGACAACCGACUCUCUCAGCCUCUGUCACUCUGAACCUGGUGUUUGCUGAGAACUUCCAGGAAACCCUUCCAAAAAUGAAAAACCAGCUGAGCAAUUCAAAUUUCCAAAGACAGAUGGACACAAAUGACAGAAAGAAUGGCAAAGCAUUCACAAGGCAAGUACUUAUCUCACUAUUCUUUUUCUUCCACUGGGCUGUCUCAAAGCACAUCGAUUAUUCAGUACCAGAAGAGAUGGCAAAAGGCUUUGUUGUGGGGAAUCUUGCAAAGGACGUAGGAUUGAAUAUAAGGGAAGUGGAAAAACAAAAUGUACAUCUAGUCUCUAUUGCUAAAAUGCACUACUUCAGCAUCAAUGAAGAGAAUGGAAACCUCUAUGUAAAUGAAAAGAUAGAUCGAGAAGUAAUAUGUGGGAAGGCUCCACUCUGUCUUCUUAGUUUUGAAGUUGUGGUUGAAAAUCCUUUGAAUGUUUUUCAUGUAACUGUAUCAGUUGAGGACAUUAAUGAUAAUGCACCAUAUUUCUUGGAAAACAACUUCAACUUAGAAAUAAGUGAAACCACUUUUCCUGGAACUCGAUUUCUCCUUGCAAAAGCUGAAGAUCCUGACAUUGGAAAGAAUUCCCUCCAAAACUAUGAGCUUAGCUCCCAUCUUUGUUGUAAUUUGGAGACUGGAGAGAGAAAAGAUGGAAGUAAAUACACAGAACUAGUGAUUAAUAAUCCAUUGGAUCGUGAAAGUGAACCAUAUAUACAUUUGAUUCUUACAGCCAUUGAUGGGGGUGAACCAAGAAAAACCGGGACUGCCCAUAUAUGGAUUAAUGUCACUGAUGCCAAUGACAACUCACCCAUUUUCACUCAAGAACUCUAUAAGGUCAAAUUGGAGGAGAGUCUUCCAAUAGGGUCCCCUGUGCUCCAGGUUAUUGCUUCUGAUAAAGAUGAUGGUACAAAUGCCCAAAUCAGAUAUCAUUUUGGCAAUAUGCCUGGAAAUAACCAUCCCAUAUUUCAUUUGAAUCCAGUCAGUGGAAAAAUCACACUUAUGGCCCCCUUGGACUUUGAGGAAACUGCAGAAUAUACAAUGACAGUAGUAGCAAAAGAUGGUGGUGGCUUAGAAGCAAACAGCAAUAUUGAAAUAAAAAUAUGUGAUGAGAAUGAUAAUGCACCAGAGAUAAACCUGGUCUCCUUAUUUAGUUCUUUCUCUGAAGAUACUCCACCUGAAACAUUAAUUGCUUUAAUCAGUGCAAAUGACAAAGAUGCUGAUGAUAAUGGAAAAGUUACAUGUCAUUUAGAAAAUGAUAUUCCUUUCAAGAUCCUGCCUUUUUCUAAUAAUUACUACAAGCUCCUAAUAGAUAGACCUCUGGAUAGAGAAAGAAUUUCUAAAUAUAAUAUUACAAUCACAGCAACUGACAAAGGAACCCCUCCACUGAGUGCAAACAAAACCAUCAUGCUGCAGAUCUCUGAUAUCAAUGACAAUGCUCCUGCUUUUGAGAAAGCUUCCUACAGGAUCUACGUGCCAGAGAACAAUCCUUCUGGGGCCUCCAUCUUCCAGAUUCAAGCCUUUGAUCCGGAUCUGGAUCAAAACUCACACAUCACAUAUUCAAUCCUCACCAGCAACAUUGAAGAACUUCCCAUCUCCUCCUAUAUCUCCAUUCAUUCUGAGACCGGCAUCAUCUACGCCCAGCGAUCCUUUGACUAUGAGCAGUUCAGGGAAUUCCAGCUGCAGGUGAAGGCCCAAGAUGGCGGGAGUCCCCCUCUCAGCAGCAACGUCACAGUCAGGGUGUUUAUCCUGGAUCGGAAUGACAACAGCCCCCAAAUCCUGUCCCCUUCACCAGGCUCCAAGGACUCUGCCCUCUUUGAGAUGGUCCCUCGUUCAGCCGAGGCAGAUUAUCUGGUAACAAAGGUGGUGGCUGUGGAUGCCGAUUCCGGACACAAUGCCUGGCUCUCCUACCAGCUGAUUCAAGCCACAGAACCGGCCCUCUUCACUGUUGGCUCCCAUACGGGUGAGAUCAGGACAGCAAGAACUUUUAUGGAGAGAGAUGCUGUGAAACAGAGACUGGUCCUUCUGGUGAAGGAUAAUGGACAACCGACUCUCUCGGCCUCUGUCACUCUGAACCUGGUGUUUGCUGAGAACUUCCAGGAGGCCCUUCCGGAGAUGAAAAACCAGAUGAACAGCUCAGAGGAUCAAUCUGACUUACAGUUCUAUUUGGUGGUGGCCUUAGCGGUGAUGUCAUUUUUAUUCCUCUUGUCAGUGAUUCUGGCCAUCGCCAUCAAACUCCGGCAGUCAGGAAAUUCCAGUUUCUUACCAUGUUUUGCUCCUGUUUCCCAUUCCACAGCUGGAGUCAUAUUUCCACCCAAUUUUCAAGAUGGGACUCUGCCUUAUUCCUACCAGCUUUGCCUCUCCUCAGAAUCCAGAAAGAAUGAAUUGAUGUUCUUGACACCACAUAGUCACGUUAUUAAAAAUACCCUUAAUGGUGAUAAUAGUGUUCCUUUUGUAGGCAACAGUGAAAAUCAAUUAAAUUCAGAAAUGGAUCAUGACAUUAAGCAAGCACAACCUAAUACAGACUGGCGUUUUUCUCAGGCUCAGAGACCAGGAACUAGUGGAUCGCAGAAUGGAGAUGAAAACGGAACUUGGCCAAACAAUCAGUUUGAUACUGAAAUGCUUCAGGCUAUGAUUUUAGCAUCAGCAAAUGAAGCUGCCGCCGCCGCUGCAGCUAACCCAGAUGGAAAUUCUACUCUGGGAGGAGGAGCAACAGCAGGUACCAUGGGGCUCAGCACCAGGUAUGGCCCCCAAUUCACCCUUCAGCAUGUUCCUGAUUAUAGACAGAACGUGUAUAUCCCUGGAAGCACUGCUACUCUCUCCAACGCCGCUGGCAAACGUGAUGGAAAACCGGCAGCCUCUGGAGGGGGAAAUAAGAAGAAGUCAGGAAAGAAAGAGAAGAAGUAGGAUCCACAGGAUAGCACAGCCACUUCCACGUAAAUCUAAAGGGCAGACUCUUCCAGCACUCCCCCAGUUCAUAGCCUAGGAUGGAAGAUGAAUGUGAAUUUGUGGUUAAACUUUUUUUAAAAUAUGGAACAUUGUGAAUGUACAUUGUUGUCAUCUAAGUUUAUGAGUAGAUGUACUGCUGUUAUUCAUGAAGAAAAAUAUCUGAAUAAUAACAAAUACAGUGUAUAUCUUUCGAGGACAAUGUAAUAUGCAAGGGUGUCAGAUCUUUGAAACAUUUUAUUUCCUGAAGAUCUGCAUCAUCAACAAAAUUUAGGAUGGGCUCUGCUCAUUGUAAAUAAUUAUUCUGAACAGAGUUUUUUAUUUAUAUAAGUUCCUCCAUUUUUACAAAAAUUCUCACUUUUCCAAAUUUUGAUAGAAGUUCUUGGGGGGAGGGUUAGACAUCAUUUCAGCUGGAAUCCUUGUUAUGAUAUUGAUAGGGAGUGCUUUAAUUCCUGCUUUGUUUUAAAAGAAAUGUGUAUCCUGUAUUAUUGUAAGAGAAUGCGAUUCAGCUACAUUUAUCUUUUUUAUAAAUUUAACCAAGGAUGGCCAGAAAAAAAUUAAACUGAUGUCAUAAUUUCUGAGAAGCAAGGAGUACAUGGCAAUGGAAAAACUUUCAUGCACAAAACAUGUCGUAGAUAUAAAGACAGAGAACACUGCCAGUCAUGAUUUAUUUACAGUGAUCUCUAAAGAGGCAACACAUCUCAUCUACAUCAAUAUGUAUACUAAGUGUUUUCUAGAAAAAGUUGAAGAAAAAAGUCAUUCACUUGUGAGCAUAGUGAGCUACUGCUCAUAUCUUUGCUUGACUCCUGAGGGAGAUGUCUUUGUUAACUGGAUGAGCUCUGCUGAUCUUAUAGGUAGAACAUUAAAAAUAGAAUGCUUCACUUUUUUCUGCACAUGAAACUGCAUGCAAAUCACUUCACAUUUACAGGACAGCUGACUUCACACCCAAGCUUGAAUUGGGAAAUUUAUUGCAUGACAUGAACAGCAUGUUAAUAUGCUCUCAAGUGCCCACAUCAGCACUGUCUGUGAGUAAAGUUCACUAACAAGAUGCAUUGCCCUUCCUCAGAGAGAUUGGGAAGCUUGUGUAUUUCAUUUCUCUGUGCAGUAUAAAAAAAAAAUAAUGUUGGCUUGUUGGUCUUCACAAUUUGAUAUUAAAUAGAAAGUGGCUGAUUUGGGAAAGCUAAGGGACCAAGUCCAAUGAAGGUACACUGGAAUUAGAACUGGGCAAAUUGCAAAGCCAAUCACUUUAUUCCUGAACUUUUAUAAAUACUAAACAAAUGACAUUGUAUUGAUGCAAUCAGGCAAUUUGAGAUCCCUACCACUACCUCUUCUUGAAUAUGAAUAGACCUUAAAAUGUUAAAAAUACACUUUGUGUUACUAUGUUUUGAAAUUGCUAGAUUUAGAUCUUUUUAACAGCAUCAUUCCAUAGCCUAGUAUGGACCAGUGAGGUUUCUUAACUCUGGCCCAUUUGAUAAUGUAAUGGUACUCUGAGUCAGGUAGGAAAUUGUACUGUUACUUGGCAACAUUGGUUGUCUUUCUAGAUAUAUCGUAGUUUCCUGUACUUUAUCAUGGUUUUCUUUAUUGCAACAAAAGAGCCAUAAAGAAUCAGAGGAGCAUAUUUUCAACAUGGAGCGUGAACCACUAGUUCAAGAACUUUUUUUUUUACAUUGUAAUAAAUAGCUUGCUUGAAAUAGUCAAAACAGGUCAGUCUAAACAUAUUACAAGUUUCCAAAGUUGCCUCCCAAACGGAUUGGCUGUGUUGUUGUCACUGCUAAGAGCAUUUUAUGAACUAUUUGAUGCUUUCCCUGUCUCUAGAAAGUAGGACUUAUCUACAAAAAGUUUUUGUCUACAUAUGGGUUUUGUAGUGAUCCCAAACGCUUCUCCAUCAACUUUUUCUUUGGUGACUGCACUAGAAACAGUUUACAUAGUUAGUGAAAUAGACAACAAACUAGUGGGAUGUUCUGUAACAUGAGCCACAUUUAAAUGAAUGAGAGCGCAAUAGUCCUCCUGUCACACAGCUCCCAUUUAUCUCAAUGCAGUUUGUGCAGAUACACCUCAGCUGGAUUGUGCCUAAAGCUUCUUAUGUAAUCGAAUAGUUAACAUGUGACCUUUCCCAAAGUACUGUAGAUGAAUCUUAGUUAAUCUUGUUUAUUUUUUCAUCUACACCUGAAAAUAGUGUAGUAGUGCCUAGUGAUGUGUGUUUUUUUAUUUGUUUAAUCUUAAUAAUUGAAUAGUGAACAUCAGUAUUUUAUAUUCUUUUGGAUCAUCUUCAUGUGUGUUCAUUGUGCUUUUAAUUGUAUGUGAACUGAAACACACUUACUUGUCCCUCCAAUGUGUCUAAUAUUGAGCUAUACUUAUAUAUUAUAUAUAUGCUUAUACCCUUCUUAUAUCCAUGUAACUGAUAUUGAUGUGUUAACACGCAAGUUUUAUACUCUAAUAUUUAUAUUGCUUUUU